UCACUCUCCUCACCGCCCGAGCGUGGUGGUCGGCUGCCAAGGAUUAUCGUGAGAAUUAACGGGGCUGCUCCUCACAAUGGAAACGAUUACGGUCCAAGUGGAAGGUUGGAAAAAUAAUGUACCACACAUGGACGAGUCGAGGAUGCAGCAGCCGCUGUGGGCUCAGCUAUCCUCUUACCCUUUCAAUGUUUCCGACGCUCUCACCGGAACCAUUUGAAUGGCGGUUGAGAUGCCGUGUUGCUGGAAGAGAAGAGCCUAUCAAAAACUGGGAUCGGCUGUCGGCUUUCCAACAUGAAGAUGUUCAUCGGUGGACUGAACUGGGAGACUACAGACCAAUCCUUGAGAGACUACUUCUCCCAGUUCGGCGAAGUGGUGGAAUGCACCGUCAUGAGAGAUGGCGCCACCGGCCGCUCCCGUGGUUUCGGCUUCCUCACCUUCAAGGACCCCAAGACGGUCAACAUUGUCAUGGUGAAGGAGCACUAUCUGGAUGGCAAGAUCAUCGACCCCAAGCGCGCCAUCCCCCGCGACGAGCAGGAAAAGACGUCCAAGAUCUUUGUGGGCGGCGUCAGCCAGGAGACCACCGACCACGAGUUCCGCGAGUACUUUGCGCAGUUCGGCCGCGUCGUCGACGCCACCCUCAUGAUGGACAAAGAUACGGGCCGCCCGCGCGGCUUCGGCUUCGUCACCUUUGAGAGCGAGGCCGGCGUCGAGGCCUGCCUCACCGCCAACCUGGAGAUUCACGGAAAGCCGAUCGAGGUCAAGAAGGCCCAGCCGCGCGGCAAUCUCCGGGACGACAACGACGACGCCCGCCGCGGUGGCAAAUUCGGCGGCGGCGGCCGCAAGGGACAACAACAGGGUGGCAUGGGUGGCGGUAUGGGCGGCAUGGACGAUGGCAGUGGUCAGAUGGGGGGUGCCAUGGGUGGCGGUAUGGGCGGCAUGGGCCCCGGCACGGCGGGCAUGUCGGGCCAGGUCAUGGCGCAGUAUAUCCAGCGCAUGCAGCAGGCCAUGGCCAUGUUCCAGCAGCAGAUGAUGAUGAACCGCAACAUGAACCCCGCCAUGGCCCAGAUGAUGUACAUGCAGCAGAUGCAGCAGAUGCAGCAGAUGAUGGCCCAGCAGCAGCAGGGGAGCAGGGGUGGGCCCAUGCCGGCUAUGCCUGCUAUGCCGCCUGGUAUGAACCCGGCUAUGAUGCAGCAGAUGAUGAACCAGCAGCAGCAGCAACAAGGCGGCGGGGUUGGUGCUGGUGGUGGUCCUGGUGGGCUGGGAGGAAUAAACCAGGGCGGGAUGAGUCCCGGUGGGGGCAGCCAAGCUAGCGGUAGUGGUGGUGGCGGCGGCGGCGGCGGCGGCGGUGGCGGUCCGAACCGGCCCGGGGGGUACAACGCCUAUGAGCAGCAGCAGUUUGAGCAGCAGCAGUUUGAGCAGCAGCCGCAAGGUCCCGGUGGCCACCAACAACAAGGCGGUCGUCGCGGCGGGCGCGGUAGUAGUGCUGGAGCAGGUGACAUGCACCACCACCACCACCAGCAGGGCUAUGGCCAGGGCGGCACGUUCAUGGGUGGUGGCGGUGGUCAGGGCGGGCCUACCAGCUGGGAGGGCAUGUAUGACGACGUUCCGCAGCCCAUCAUGAGCCAGGGCGGCGGUGGUUUCGGUGGUGGUGGGCGGGGUGGGUUCCACAAGGGCGGACGCGGUCACCAGCAGCAGCAGAUGCCGCAGGGCCCCAUGGAUCCUAACAACGCGCCACCUCCAAACGCGCCGACGGGACCCAAGAAUGCGGGCCGGGCCGGGGCGAAUUACCGCGGUGGUGGCCGGGGCGGGAACAGGGGGUUCCAUCCUUAUGCGAGAAGCUAGGGGCCUUCUCAUUAAGGGGCAGUUCUUGAUGGGAAGCAGAGUGGUGCGGGGCCUUUCUUUGCGUUCUGCGUUCUCUGAGUUCUUGGGCUCAUUAUCGAGUAUGGCCGGGCGAGGAGGGGUUUGAGAAUGCGGGUACGGGAGGGAGGGAAUAGGGACGGGCUAGUUCGACCUCGGGCAGGAUGAUGCUAUUCACAGGUCUAAGG